AUGGGGCUGGAUGGAGAUGAAACACAGAAUGAGAUGGAGACCCUCUCAGGGCUGGUGAACAUUGACUGGACAGAUCUGGCACACCUGGACAUCCUGAGCUCCAAUGUUGUCUGCUCCAUUCCUGGGGUGGCUUGGGGUUUCUCCACCCUCUGGGUUGCAAUGGUGUUGCUGUUGCUCAUCCUGCUCGUGGAAGGCAUCCGCUAUUGCAUCGAGCUGUACCUGGAUCAGGACCUGAACCAGCAGAGGAAUCAGACGCUGCAGGWGUUGGCACCCAGGCCCGUGGAGCAGAGUGUCAAGCUCUGGGGAGUUGUACCCUGGACUCCCUUUCACGAAUGGCUGUUCUGGGCCGUUGUUGGAAGCCUGAUGCUGCUCGUGGARCUCUGCUGGUGGCUCAGGCACAGGACCCAUAGGGCGGACAACCACAGGGACUCAGAGAGCGAAGAAAGCGAGGAAGAAUAUCCUCCUGACAGGAAUAUGGUCUGGAUAUUUUCAAGGCGCUUCCAGCUGUCAGUGCCAAAGCUGGCCUCCAGGAGACGGGUGGURAAGGAGCUGCUGUGCAACCUUCUCCGUGCCUCCCAAAGACUCUUUUCAAACAACUUCUUCCCGGUGCUGGAGCCGGUCAUCGGGGUGGGCAGUGCCUGGGAAGGUUGGAAUCACCAAAAGGAGGAGGAUGUUGUCUACUCCAUGUUUGUGCCCAUGAAAGCACCCCGUGGGCACGCGUUCUGCCUGGAACCCGACACCACGGGGGAGGCGCCGCAGACGGGCAUGCGCGUCCGCGUGGAGCUGGUGUGCACCUGCACYGGGGAAGAGCCUGACCAGAACAUGCUSUGCUUCCUCCACCACYGUGAGGAUGAGCUGAAGACAGAGCAGGAGGCCAGCCUUCUACACACYCUCUGCACUGGCCCUUACCUAGACGUGGAGAAAAUUGCCGUCUGGUUCCGCACGUUUGUGAUCGCAGCCUGGCCGGCGGUGCCUCAGUCGCUUCACUACAGCAUGAAGGUGCUGCCCUCCCGCCGCUCCUGCAAGCUGAAGCUGGGGGAAACUUCUGGGAGAAGCUUCUUUGUGGAUAUGAUAUUCGGUGUGCAGGAAGGUAACUCGGAUAUCUUUGUGAGCAGCCAGCCUGCAGAGGCCCAGCUGCCCCCGUGCACGACAUGGCUGGAGAGCUGUGCUGUGGCAGAGGCAAAGUUCUUCAGGCACGUCGCCAGGCAGGCUCCACACCCCAGCUGCCACCUCAAGUGCCUGCGGCUCUGUGCUCGCCUUCUGGAGGGCUCAGGCUGCUCCAUCUAUGCCUUGAAGACCACGGUCAUGCACCUGCUGACCUUGAUCCCUCCGUCAGAAUGGCAGCAAAGGUAUCUCAUGCUGCGGGUGGACGAUGUCAUGUGCUACCUGCGCUGCUGCCUGGAGGAGAAACGCCUCGAGCACUUCUUCUUUGGCAAYGAGGACAUGCCCGAGGAGAUCUGCUUGCCCCCAGCCUUCCAAGGGGCACAGCCCCUAAACCUCUUCCAGCACCUGGCACAGGAUCCAGCCGCCCAGACUAGGGCAAUGCAYGAGUUAAAUCAGCGGGAACAUCACCUCUACUUUGGAUCCAGAAAUAGAUGA